AUGACAAGUAAUAAUGAAAAAGUUGAUAUGCUUUUAGUUUAUGGUGAAUGUAGACGUAAUUCACGAAAUGCCGCUAGACUUUAUGCAGAACGAUAUCCCGAACGAUACCACCCUCCUCACAAUUACUUUGUCCGAUAUGAAUCGUCUUUGAGAAAUAGUGGUGAGCUACCUGCAAGACAAGGUGAUAAUCGACGUAAUCAAAGACAGUUGAUUGGACAGGCAAACGAACAGGACGAAUUGCAGGUAUUAGCAUAUUAUGUUCAAUUAAAUCCUCGAUCUUCGAUUAGGCAUUUAAGCAACGAAAUUGGAAUUUCUUAUAAAAAAGUUCAUAAAAUUUUGAAAAAAAAUAAAUUGCACCCGUAUAGGCCUGAUUUAGUACAAAAGUUGGUACCAGGUGAUUAUAAUCGUAGACUUACAUUUAUUGCAUGGUUUAUGAUACAAUUACACGACGAACCCGAUUUUCUACGAUUUAUCUGUUGGACGAAUCGAAGUUUACCAACAACGGUAUAA